CAGAGUGACCGACUUUUUAUUAAAGGUGGGAGAAUUAUUAAUGAUGACCAGUCCUUUUACGCAGAUGUUUACCUCGAAGAUGGCCUUAUUAAACAAAUUGGGGAAAACCUAAUUGUUCCAGGAGGAGUGAAAACAAUUGAAGCCAAUGGACGGAUGGUCAUUCCUGGUGGCAUUGAUGUCAACACGUAUCUCCAGAAGCCCUACUUGGGCAUGGCAACAUUAGAUGACUUUUACCAAAGCACUAAGGCAGCUGUAGCUGGAGGAACUACCAUGAUCAUUGACCACGUUGUUCCUGAUCCUGGAUCAAAUAUAUUGACAUCAUUUGAAAAGUGGCACGAGGUGGCUGAUACAAAGUCCUGCUGUGACUAUUCCCUCCAUGUAGACAUUACCUGUUGGUAUGAUGGCAUCCGGGAGGAGCUAGACAUUCUUAUGCAAGAUAAAGGUGUGAACUCUUUCCAAGUGUACAUGGCCUACAAAGAUAUAUACCAAAUGUCAGACAGCCAGCUAUACGAAAUCUUCACCUUUCUCAAGGGACAUGGUGCUGUAGUCAUGGUGCAUGCAGAAAACGGGGAUUUAAUAGCUCAGGAACAAAAGCGGAUCCUGGAAAUGGGCAUCACCGGACCUGAAGGACACGCGCUGAGCCGGCCAGAAGAGCUGGAGGCAGAGGCCGUGUUCCGAGCCAUAGCUAUAGCAAGUCAAAUCAACUGCCCAGUAUACAUUACCAAAGUGAUGAGCAAGAGCGCCUCUGAUGUUAUUGCACAAGCCAGGAAGAAAGGAGCGAUAGUGUUUGGAGAGCCCAUUACCGCCAGUUUAGGGACAGACGGGACCCAUUACUGGAGCAAAAACUGGGCAAAGGCUGCUGCUUUCGUUACUUCUCCUCCUCUCAGUCCAGACCCAACCACACCUGAUUAUUUGACCACUAUGUUGGCAUGCGGUGAUCUCCAGGUGACGGGAAGUGGACAUUGUUCUUACAGCACGGCACAGAAAGCCAUAGGAAAAGAUAACUUCACUUUAAUUCCAGAAGGAGUGAAUGGUAUAGAGGAGAGAAUGACCAUCGUAUGGGAUAAAGCCGUGGCUACUGGAAAAAUGGAUGAAAACCAGUUUGUAGCAGUUACUAGCACAAAUGCUGCCAAAAUCUUCAACCUCUACCCAAGAAAAGGGCGAAUCGCAGUUGGGUCAGAUGCCGAUGUUGUUAUCUGGGAUCCAGACAAGAUGAAGACAGUAUCUGCAAAAAGUCAUAAAUCAGCUGUGGAAUAUAACAUCUUUGAAGGGGUGGAGUUUCGUGGUGCCCCACUGUUGGUUAUAAGCCAAGGAAAAAUUGUGUUUGAAGAUGGCAACCUACAUGCUACCCAAGGCAUGGGACGAUUUAUACCUCGCAAACCUUUCCCAGAAUACAUCUACCAGCGUAUUAAGACAAGGAACAUGGUGAGUGGGCUGCAGCCUGUGUCUCGCGGGAUGUAUGAUGGACCAGUAUAUGAGGUUCCAGUUACUCCAAAGUAUCAAACCCCUGCCCCCUCAGCUAAAUCUUCACCUUCCAAGACACAACCCCCACCUAUCAGGAACCUUCACCAGUCUAACUUCAGUUUAUCAGGUGCACAGGUAGAUGAUAGCAACCCUCGCCGCACUGGACAUCGCAUCGUGGCUCCCCCUGGUGGACGUUCAAACAUCACAAGCCUGGGUUGA